AUGAAUUUCGAAGGCCUCGACCCGGCCCUCGCCGACUACGCGCCCACGCUGCACGCGGCGCUGGAGCCCGUGCUGGACCCGCACCUGGCGCCCAGCCUGCUGCAGAACGUGGAGCUCGACGCCGACGGGGUGCCCUUGGAGGGCAUCGCCGUGCCCGAGUCCGUGCACAUCGUGGAGGGCAUGUACAGCGAGCUGCACACGGCCGUCUCCGACGUCGGUGUGCCCGUCUCCGUCUCCCACUUCGACCUGCACGAGGAGAUGCUCUGGGUUGGGAAUCACGGGGGCCACGCCACCUCGUUCUUCGGUCCGACGCUGGAGCGCUAUUCCUCCUUCCAAGUGAACAGUAACGACGACAUCCGCCAGAUCCAGAGCCUGGAGAACGGGGUCCUUUUCCUGACCAAAACCAACCUGAAAUAUAUGUCAAGAGGGGGGCUCAUCAUCUUUGACUACCUCAUGGAUGAGUCCGAGGACAUGCACAGCCUCCUGCUCACGGACAACAACACCCUGCUCGUUGGCGGCCUGCAGAACCACGUGCUCGAGAUAGACCUCAACACCGUCCAGGAGACGCAGAAGUACACCGUGGAGGUCCCCGGCAUCACCAUCAUGCGGCAGUCAAACCGCUUCUUCUUCUGCGGGCACACGUCAGGGAAGGUCUCCCUGCGGGAUCUGCGCACGUUUGUGGUGGAGCACGAAUUCGAUGCCUACUCGGGCAGCCUGUCCGACUUCGACGUGCAUGGCAACCUGCUGGUGACCUGCGGCUUCUCCAGCCGCAUGAACGGCUUGGCCUGCGACCGCUUCCUCAAGGUGUACGACCUGCGCAUGAUGCGGGCCACCACGCCGCUGCAGGUCCACAUCGACCCCUUCUUCCUGCGCUUUAUCCCCACCUACACCUCCCGCCUGGCCAUCAUCUCGCAGACAGGUCAGUGCCAGUUCUGCGAGCCCACAGGCCUCGCCAACCCCGCCGACAUCUUACACGUGAACACGGUGGGGCCGCUGAUCAUGACGUUCGACGUGUCGGCCAGCAAGCAGGCCCUGGCGUUCGGCGACUCCGAGGGCUGCGUGCACCUCUGGGCCGACUCCCCCGAGGCCACCUUCAACGCCUACUCGCGGGAGACCGACUUCGCCCUGCCCUGCAUCGUGGACACGCUGCCCCACCUGGACUGGAACCAGGACCUCGUGCCGCUCUCGCUCAUCCCCGUGCCGCUGACCAGCGAGACGCUGCUGUCGGACUGGCCAGCUGCCAACUCUGCCCCCGCGCCCCGGCGGGCCCCUCCGGUGGAUCCUGAGAUCCUGCGCACCAUGAAGAAGGUGGGAUUCAUCGGCUACGCCCCGAACCCUCGGACCAAGCUCCGCAACCAGAUUCCCUAUCGAUUAAAAGAGCUGGACAGCGAGUUCGACAGCUUCAGCCAAGUCCCCGAGUCCCCGAUAGGGCGGGAGGAGGAGCCGCACCUCUACAUGGUGGCCAAGAAGUACAGGAAGGUCACUAUCAAAUACUCCAAGCUGGGCCUGGAAGAUUUCGACUUCAAACAUUACAACAAGACGUUGUUCGCGGGCCUGGAGCCCCAUAUCCCCAACGCCUACUGCAACUGCAUGAUCCAGGUGCUCUAUUUCCUGGAGCCGGUCCGCUGCCUGGUCCAAAACCACCUGUGCCAGAAGGAGUUCUGCCUGGGCUGCGAGCUGGGCUUGCUCUUCCACAUGCUGGACCUGUCCAGAGGAGACCCGUGCCAGGGAAGCAACUUUUUGCGGGCUUUCCGCACGAUCCCAGAGGCUUCUGCUCUGGGGCUGAUCCUCGCUGACUCGGACGAGGCCACGGGGAAGGUGAACCUGGGGCGCUUGAUUCAGAGCUGGAACCGGUUCAUCCUCACGCAGCUGCACCAGGAAACCCAGGAGCAGGAGGCACCGCAGGCCUACCGGGGGGCUGGCAGCGGCACCUUCGGGACCUCAGGGGACUCGGUUAUCGGGCAGCUGUUCAGCUGCGAGAUGGAGAACUGCAGCAUGUGUCGCUGCGGCAAGGAAACCGUCCGCGUGUCCUCCACGCUGCUCUUCACUCUCUCCUACCCGGAGAGCGCUGAGAAGCCAGUGAAAGAUUACGAGUUUGCCCAAAUCUUAAAGCGAAGCAUCUGUUUGGAGCAAAGCACGCAGGCCUGGUGCGAGAACUGCGAGAAGUACCAGCCCACGGUCCAGACCCGGAAUAUCCGCUGUCUGCCAGACGUCCUGGUCAUUAACUGUGAGGUGAACAGUUCCAAGGAGGCAGAUUUCUGGAAGACCCAGGCCGAGUAUGCCUUUCAGAGAGCCCUGUUGAAGAGAGGAGGCUUUGAGAUCUCCAGAGGCAAAGAAAUCUCUCUUGGUGAAUGGAAGGAGCUGGGGAACCCCGACAUGGGGCAUUCGUAUUCUUCUGUGGAGGAACUGAAGAACAUUUGGAUCCCCCACGCCAUCAAGAUGAGGCUGACCAAGAACAAGGAGCUGGACAUCUGCAACUGGAGUGAAAACGAUGAGCUGAGCCCCUCCGAUGACCCCGACUCCGUGUACAUCUACGACCUGAUGGCCACCGUCGUUCACAUCCUGGAUUCCCGCACGGGGGGCAGCCUGGUGGGGCACAUCAAGGUGGGAGAGACCUACCACCAACGCAAGGAGGGGGUCACACACCAGCAGUGGUACCUCUUCAACGACUUCCUCAUCGAGCCCGUGGACAAGUGCGAGGCCGUGCAGUUCGACAUGAGCUGGAAGGUGCCCGCCAUCCUGUACUACGCCCGGAGGAACCUCAACGCCAAGUACAACCUCGAGGAGGCCGAGCUGCGCAGCGACGGCACCAAGUCCACCAUCAAGCCCAGCCAGAUGUCGGUGGCCCGGAUCACGUGUGUGCGCGGGCAGGGCCCCAACGAGGGUGUCCCCUUCAUUGAUGACUACAUCUCCACCCAGGAGCAGGUGGUGGAUUAUCUGACCCAGUACUCAGGGAUCAAGCCGGGAGACCUGGACGCCAAGAUCUCCUCCAAGCACCUCACCACUCUCAAAUCCACCUACCUGAAGCUGCGCUUCCUCAUUGACGUGGGCGUCAAGUUUGUGGGCCACGGGCUGCAGAAGGACUUCCGCGUCAUCAACCUCAUGGUGCCCAAGGACCAGGUCAUCGACACCGUGUACCUCUUCCACAUCCCGCGGAAGAGGAUGAUUUCCCUGCGCUUCCUCGCCUGGUACUUCCUGGACUUGAAGAUCCAGGGCGAGACCCACGACAGCAUCGAGGACGCGCGCACGGCGCUGCAGCUCUACCGCAAGUACGUGGAGCUGAGCCAGCAGGGCAGCGACGCCGAGGACUUCCGCAAGGUGCUCAAGGCCCUCUACGAGAAGGGCCGCAAGCUGGACUGGAAGGUGCCGGAGCCGGAGAGAC